AUGGAACAUAGAAUUAAAUCAACACAGACAUCGAUUACUUCAUUUUCAAUUUCAAAUAUUUUAACAAAAACUAGGCCCAAACUCAUUCGUUCAGAAACAAAGACGACGUCAGUAUCAUCCACGAUCACCUCUAAUUUGUACCCUAAUGUGUCGACCAAAGCUCUUUCUCAUCCCACAUUUUUCGACAAACUUGUGAACUACCAAGAAGCUGCCUCUAAUCGCCUUACAGGUUCUAAGCUUCCUAUUGACAGGAACAUAACAAGUACUAAACUUUCUACCGAAGAAAACACCAAUCUUCUAAGCAUCCCAGGUUCAAGUCUGCUGGAAACAGAAACUUCUUGCUUCAGUAUAACAGACCUCUAUUGUAAUGUUUCAGAUGGCUUUCUUGGUGAGGGCACAAGCUCAAGGAAAAUCAUGAAAAAUCAUCAAAAAGAUUCCAUUGACUCAGAAGAGUCCAUGAUAAAUAACGAACGUAAAGAGAUGUUUAUGAAGUGUCCUGAAACAGUUUUAAAUAGUUCAAAGGAGAAAUUGGGAUCGACCAAUGAAGACGAUGUGCAAACACCUACACAGUCUCAGGAUCGCCAACCAGAGCAUCCCAAGCCUCGUAAGAAGCGUUCGCGAGCCGCCUUCUCCCACGCCCAAGUCUUUGAGUUAGAAAGAAGAUUCAAUCUUCAGCGUUACUUGUCAGGCCCCGAACGAGCCGAUUUAGCCCAGGCACUGAAACUAACAGAAACCCAAGUGAAAAUAUGGUUCCAGAACAGGCGCUACAAGACAAAGCGACGGCAAAUACAGGAUCUAUCAACUCCAACAGCGACAGGAAGAAAGGUUGCCGUGAAAGUCGUGAUGAAGGACGAUAAAGUGGUUUAUAGACCGGAAGACCUUGUGCGCCCGCCGUUGUUGUAUCCGUCUUUUCCCAUUCCAGGCUUUAAUUUUGCAUACUUCUAUUGUCCUUGGCUAAUGGGAUGCAAUCAGUAAACAAUAUCUUGGAUCUGAAGUGAAAGUCAAGUGAAAAGUAACAUGAAGUAACUUUUUUCCCAUUUACCAAAAACCUCAUGAUGUCACUAUUCUUCAAAAAUAAAAUAACCAGAACAUGUACUUAAAUAACUCCAAAGGAUUCAAACUAUAGAUGAUGUAGUAAUAAGCUUAUUGAUCAUGAUAAUUUUGCGUAUUUCACUCAUAAUAUGGAAAACAAAUAAUAAAUUGCAUGUUAUAUAACAUCAAAGCUAGCAAAGCAAAACCCUACCCAAAAUAAAAGAUGAGACGAAGCUUCACAAUACAUUGUUUAUAACACUUAGUAAAUGACUAUUAUAGAAAACAAUGUAACCCAAUCGAUCCAAGGGUCUCCGGGUAAUAUUAAGCAAUAGGCCACAUCGGUAAUGGAAUGAGAAAGUUGUGGUGAAAUGUGUUCUUUUUUCUUCUAACUCAAACACAGCUAGUUUUAAUGAUCAAAAUGAUUUCUAUCUUCAGUGAGAAAUUCCUCUGGAAACGGUAAUAGAAAAAUACAUUCAGUUUCAGAGUACAUAUCAAUGUU